UAACACCCCAGCCACCGUCGUGAACGUUGCUGCCGCUCCGCGCUCGCUUCUUAAAUCGCUUUUGAGGAGCCCUGUGCCUCCCAUGGUAGCAGGGCUCCGUCUUGUUUUUUUUUCUACACAUGUGGCUCUAUGCAGCUUCAGCUCAUUUAGUCUAAUAUCUUGAGUUGAUCACUCAUUUUUAGAUAAAUAGUUGCUUGUAUCCGGUAAUGGUUGUGUUAUCUUUGUAAACACAAUUGUUCUUUGAAAAUGGGAGACGUGAAGUGAAGAAAUUAAAUUGGUGAUUUUUUAUUGCCGGUUUUUGUGUGUUAGUGUUAAAAGUGUAAAAUGCGAGACUUCCUAAGAAAAAAUCCUCUCAGGGAGAGUGCUACAUCCUCAUUGGGAUGCCGGCCUACACGGGGUGACCCUCAAGGUCCAGAAGGAAAAGAUGUCUCACAAAAUACCAAAACCACUGCUUCGGCGAGGAUGCGUGCAUUUCGAGGCAGUGUCAAGAAAAAGAUAGCUGAGCUGGAGGCCAAUGUCACUUCUGCAGAUACAAGCCAGAAUCGGGAAUCUAGUGUGCAAGGGAAGACCCCUGAUAUUUUGGUGCAGUCCAUUGAUGGCCAGCUUACUGUGACGGAAGUUGUGCAGGAGAUCCCUAAUAACGACAGACACAAAGCACCUUUGAGUAAAAACAUUGAAGUGGAGGAUGAGGAUGGUAAAAAUAUUAGCAAGACUGAUCAGAAAGAGAUUGAAGUUUGGACAGAAUCAGAAGCAGAGAGUGUUUAUGAGUCUCGUAAGCUAAUUAUGAGGCGGGUAAUAAGAAAUCAGGCGCAGGAGGCCAAGCCUGCUACACCACCCGACAGUGACUAUUCAGAGGUUGACUCCUGGACAGAACUUGAGGAGAACUUUGCCAAAGUAUAUGAACCCAUUCCAUACAGUAUGCGCAUGGAGACGUGGCAAAGAAUGACGAAGGAAGAGAUACUAGACCAUAUUACCAGUAAGAGAAUGAGAGCAGAACUACAGCAAAAGUCCAGAAGAGACAUAUUAGAUGAGAUUAGUCACUUGCGAGAUCACCCAGUCCAUUUCUUGCAGAAGAAAAAAAACACAAAAUCAAAUGUUGGAAAUUCAGUCGAAAAUUGCAAAUUGCCGAGUGAUGAAUCAGCGCAAAAACACAUGAUAGUGGCCGAAGUACAUUCCCCGGAGAUACAAGCUUUCCAGAGUGACACUGACAGUGAGUUUGGGGAGACAGACUAUGUGACACGUUCAGAGUUGUACCGUAACAUACAAAAUCUUCAAGAUUCCCUUGCCAGACACCAUAAACAGGUAAUUGAGGAAGAUAGUCAGUCCUGGCGGUCACUACCCAGUCAAGCAGAUGAUCCAGUUUACAUUUCUCGGUCAGAAAUACUAUCAAAAGUGGACCGAAGUAAUACUUCACACAAGGAAUUACAUAAACCCAUAGAAAUAGAUAUACAGACCAAGGCAAAGGACAGUAUUUAUGUAUCAAGGUCUGAAAUACUGUCACGCCUCAAAGAGAUACACGAGAGCGAGGAUGAACGUGGCCUGUCUCCUGGGAACACGAUAGACUCCAGCUGGGAUCUGUGUUCUUGUGUUUCUUGUGAGCAGUGUGGUGCAGGCAAUGCCUCAGCCUCUGAGGGUGAGUGCCAGUGCCACUCCAAGCAAGCUACAGGCAAGAAACUUAAAGAACAAGAUGUACCCCAUAGACUGCCUUCUCCAGGUGAUUACUCUCUUCUCUCCCAUGAUUCUUGGUCAAACGGAGAGUUUGAGAAAAUAUAUGAACCCAUUAGUGGGCCAAAGUCUGUAAUGCGUCAUCGUGAAUUCUUAGUUAAUCGUACUCUAGAAGAACAAGAAAAGCGACUAAGGAAAUUGAAAUUUGUUGAUGAAAAUUGUACAAGUGGUGUUCACUAUCUGCCAGUGGACCAGUGGAGUUUGAGUGAAAGUGAGGAUGUGUACGAAUCUCUGGCUAGGGUGGCAAGAGCCUCCAUAAGGCGAAGCAACACCUUUAGCAACAAGAAGUCAAGGAAACGUCAAGGAGAGGUGGAUUUACAGCAACGUGUUCGUGAACUUCUUAAUGGACAAAAGGAUAUCAACACCACAACAAGGAAUAAGGUGGUGAAGGUGAUUACAGAUCACAUUGAGCACCAUCUUGAUCUAGACAAUUUUCAGGAUGAAGAAGAGAGGAAUCAAGAAAUACGAGAACGCCUGAAGGAAGCUCUUGCUCAGGACUGGGAGACUCUAAGUAAUAUCAAUCUUGGCCAUAUAUAUGUACCUAUGGAAGACAACUCCAAAAACUCCAAAUUGUCAAGUAAAGAGAAUGCAGAUUAUGAUACUUUUGGUAGCAUUGAUUCUUUAAUUUUUGAGCCGAAAAUACCUGUUGCAGUAGAGGCACCCAGUGAGUGUGUAAUAACAAAUGAGAUAACUAUAUCAGCAAGCACUGAUUGUCUCUUGGAUAAUGCUUUAGGGCAGGGCCCCAAUGGGAGUGACCCUGUUUUGAGUGCCCUGAACCUCUUAAACUAUGAUGUGAGGGAUAAAAAGGAAAAUAAUCAAGAAUCUGAGCAGACCUAUGAGGAGACAGAAGAGGAAACCCCAGUACCAACCCCUAUGCCAUCUACUCCAAGAGCUGAAAGUGAAGAAGAUCUACCAGUCUAUGACUCAAAAGAUGAACACCACAGUGUGCAGCCAGAGAUCAAUGAAAUUCAACUGUGCAGGGCUGAGACUAGUUUAACCCAACAACCAUGGCCGUGGGUUGCAACAGGGCAAAAUUCAAGACAAAACACACAAGGAAAGCUUCACUCUAAAGAAGAGAACCAAAAACUUCCUUUUAAACAAAAAUUCUUCAAAGGCCUUAAAGAGUUGGGGUUUAUAAAAGCCACGUCAAAAGAAAAUCUUAAAACAUUAACAGUUUAUAAUAAUGAAUUAGGAAAAGAAGAAAAAUUUGAUGACACUCCUUUGAAUGUCACUAUUACAGCCACUGGCAGCUCUCUCCAAAUGGCACGCAUGUCAAAGCUUCAGGGUGAAUUGGAAUCAAGACAACAGAAGGAUAUGAAUGGAUAUGAAUCAUUCAAAGUAAAUUUCCAACGACUUUCAGGCAAGAGACUCCCAAGUGAAGAGGAAUCAACAUACGACUACCAUCCGGACCACAAUGAGCAUCUAUAUCACGGAGAUGGGACCACUACCACAAGCCAUGAUACAGCUGAUUCUGAGACUGAGAGUAUAACUAGUCUUGAGAGUGUUAUUUUUAAGGGCAACAUUGUCGAGGAGACAGAUGCAGAUAUGGAAGAAAAAAAGAGGAAGCGAAACCCAUUCAAACACAAAUUUGUUGUUAAUCAUGGCAAUGAAUCUGAUACAAGUGAACUUAUUGAAAACAAGUCCUUAAGCUUUAGUACACAGCCAUAUCUGGAUUCUGAUACGUCCUGGGACUACAUGGAAGCGAUGGAUGAAGAAAAGCUGGCCAUACAACAAUACUCAACAGAGGGGCAGUAUGAGAGAAAUUCUAUUGCUCCUGGGCCUCGUGUGUUUGGUAACCUACGCCGCAAACAUGUAUACCAGAGUGUGGAGAAUAUUGAGAGAUCAAUUCCAUCACAGUCACCAGAAGGGGAAAAUUCUAAACGUCAGUCCCUAGAUAGUGAGUGUGUUCCGACAGUUGAAGGCAUAGGUGACCAUUCUCCCUCUCCCUCAUCAGCAGCAGUUUGUCAGGGGCUGAACCUUUCUCAAUUAGAUUUGUCGCCUUCGACUGAUGAGGAGAGUGAUGGUCGACGGCUUUUUCGUGCCUACCAGCGUCGUCAGUUUCGAACACCAAGUGACCCAUCAAGGCGGGAUGCCGGUGGUAGCACCAGCACGGCUUCCCAUGAAUACGAAGAAACAGGUGAAGCGGUGUACCAAGUUUGUGGAGGUAGCAUUAGUGGCUCAUCACAGGGCCAUGGAACUCCGCCAGUUGUGCUUCUCAAACACCAUGUGUAUCAGAGUAUUGAAUCCCUGGCGUCCAGGUCUGGUCUCUCCACUGCUACCUCUAUCAAGACACCUCCCACAGAUGACGCACUAGAAGAACUUCAGUUCUAUGGCUCUCGACAUGGAGAGCCUAUAUAUGGUGCCAGAAAUUCACGUCUAUUUCAUUCCAUGAAUGGUGCGUUUGUAGCCAGAGAUAACACAGAUGGUUUGAGGGAUCCACCUGUGGUGAUAAGGAAGGGUAAGGUCGUGGAACUGACGGAAGAGAUGUUCAAGGGAACUCUAGAGAAAUUGCCAGUAAAUGAAAAAACAGAAGCCAAUAUAUCAUUUCACUCCACAUUAGUUCCAUCAGCUCUACAGAGAGAUGAUUGCCUGUACUUUCAAAAUACUGUAUCAUCUACAGAGUCUCGGGAAGUACACACUUAUGAGAACGACAGUGAAAUAUAUGACACUCAUAAGGAGAUACAAGAGGAGCUCCUUCAGGUAUCCAAGGAUGCAGUUGGGGAUGUAAAAGACGAAUUAGUGCCACUACAUGAUGCCGUGAUGCAGCUAGAAAAUAAGGAAGGUCAGGAAGCUGCGGGAGGUAUUACAUAUGGGUCAACUGAAAAGAUUAAGAAGGUUCAGAAAUUAGGAGUCUCCAUCUUAGGGAAUAACAAUGACCUCAUGAUUCGGGAACUGAAACUGAAAUUAAGACGCAGAUUUAAUACUGGAGAUGAUGAUGAUGAAGAAAGUGAUGGAAAAUCUCCCACCCUCAUCGUGAAGAGCCCAUUGAAGGCCACUGUUUCUGUUGACACGACUAGUUCCGUUGCCUUCAAGCGGGAACAAUUAGCGCCACACAUGAAUAAAAUCUUUGGGUCGUUACACGAAAAACGGCGUCAGACUAUGGAAAAUGGGGUUAGUAGAAAUGAUGUAAUUCAAAGAGAAACCUGCAAUAUAAUUGCUGAAUCCCCAGAGAGUAGAAACGAGAGCAAAGAAGAGAAACAGGAAAAGAACGAAAAGGAAAAAUGUAAGGAAAGGGAAGUAAUACGGGUGGGAGGGAAUGAUGGGGUAAUAGAACAGGUGUAUGUACCAACACCAGAUUAUACACCAGCGUCUACUUUGCCGCGUGACCACCGUGAAGACAACUACCUGUCGGGCUUCACAGAUGAAGAAGAUUUCAGUUUUAACCUGGCUGACCUUGCUAAGUUCGUCCAUGAACAUAUUACCAAGAAUAAAACUUUGUACAGCGAUCCCGGUAAUGACCUCCCUGAUGGUUCCCGCAUAGAAGACACAGCGGCUCUUGACGAGGAGGGCAGCAGCGGCACUCCGAAACGGUCUGUGCGCUUCGACAUGAGUAAGAACUUGGCUGAUCUAACAGCUACAUGGUCCGAUCUCGAGAGUGUCAUAUUCGCCGACGAAAACAGCGCCCUAAUGGAGACCACCGAGAAUGGGAAGCAAGAGAAUGCUAGUCUCUUGUCUGCAGGAAAGCUGCCUUUAUCCCGUAUGGAAUCCUAUAAAGACGACUGGCUGCUCUGGGAACAACUUGCAAAGAUGAGACGCAGUAAGGUACCUGAAGACAGGGAGAGAUGGGAAGUGGAGAAGACUAAGCGCAUGUUGCUGUGGAUCCAUCUCUCUAACAACAACUACACACAGUGGUGCUAUAGAAGUCAGUGGUGGAAGGCCAAACAGCGGGCGUCGGUGGCAUGGAUUGUGCAGAAAGCUCAUAAAAACAAGGUCCCAUCAGAUCUGCAGGACCCAUACUACCGGGACUAUGAGGGUGAGAAGACAACAGUCCCUGACAGAACGCGACCGACCACGCAAGGAGAGAAUCUCCAUCCAUGAGGCCAUGAAGCCUGCUGGGGCACCAAGUGUAAGGAGAUCACAUUCCAUGAACCUCAAUGACAUGGCAGACAUGAGAUCAAGAAUGGAGCUGCGGAGUGAGAGGUCUGAGCAUGCACCAUCUUCAUACAAUAGUGAUUAUGGGGGCAGAGAUAGUUCUAUGAGUGAUGGACAAGAAGGAGACUUUGUCGUGCAGCGUUCCCGUGGAUUAGCUACACUCAGUGACAUGAUGCGAACUCAGCAGUCUCCUCGGGCUUCACAGGAUUUUGAACCACACUAUUCAUCAAGAGGUGCUGCCAAAGAGAGAUACAAUAUGGACAGUAAAGAGGAAGAAUUGGGAGAGAGGAGUAGAGGCCUUGUUCGUCGUGGGAGUUUCACAAACUCUCAACCUGACCUACCAGCAGCAGGCAUGCCAUCCAGAUAUGAGGAAAGACCACAUGGCCGAUCAAGAUCACGGCGCAAUUCAGUUUCUGCUGAGGACUCACAGUUAACUAUAGAAAACUUUGGUGGAAGCCAAGAUAAUUUAAAUUACAUUUCUAGAAAUCCUGAUAAAGAACCAUUUGUGCAUACAGGGAGAAGAGAGAAUACUACAUGGGAAGGGUCACAAGCCAGGGAAUCACGGGAAGGAAGUGCAAGGCCAGAAUCUCGUGGCAGUCGGGAACGAAGUGUUGAAAGGCGAAGAGAAUUUGAACGUAGUAGUAUUGAUGAACUUGAUAACCGUUUAAUUGACAAGCUAGAAAGAGAAGCAUUAGAGCGAGAAAAGCAUGAUUCUUCACAAUACACAAGUAAAGACAAAUUAAUGGCACGUGACCCAAGGAAAAGUGCAGUAGAAGGUAUGGACUCUGGCAGUGAAAGUGACCUUUCCUUUGAUAGAGAAAAAAUGUCAAAGGCUACUAGCUUUGCGGAACUUUCCAAGUUAAAAGAACAGCUGCCAGGUGGUAUUAAUAUUAUAUACAUGCAGUCUGAUAAAGAAGAUACCACCAAGCGAAGUAACAAAGGACCAGAAAAGAAAACUACUUUUGCAGCUCUCCCUAAUCAGACUACUUGGAAACAGCAGAGUGCACAGAGUCAUGCAGAUGAUAACAAGUCCGUUGGUGAUGAAAAUAUGGAACCUCAGAUAAUGGCUUCUGAGCUGCACAAUGUUAGAUUGAAAUUAGAAGAGAAGAGAAGAAGAAUAGAAUCUGAGAAAAGGAAAAUGGAACAAGCAAUGAACAAACAGAGACAAAAGCUUGGCAAAGAAGCUUUCAUGCAGGCUGUUGUGAAGGGGGGUAAGGGGUCUUCCACUGGAUCCUCAACCCCCACAACAUCCGAGCCUGAGGCUUUAGACGUCAUGGUAGAUUCAGUGGAACAAUCUUUGCCAAAACCUUCUCUUACCAGCACAGCUACUCGGCCUAAUACAGACUUAUCGCUAAAGGAUAUAGGUUCAGACGUAAACAAUUUAUCACGCCGAUGGUUAGAAGGAGAAGGCCAGACAGAUGAAUUACGCACACCAGACAUCGAUAAUAUGGACUACGAUGAGUACCAUAAAUCUCUCCAGGGCAGUCCAGUUCGACGCAUGUGGGGCCAGCAAUCCAGUAGUGAUGGCUAUUCAUCGAUGUCCCCGGCCACCAGGCGUGCACAGUGGGGCCCAGUCAGACCAAUGAUGCCACAGGGUGACUACAUGAUGUCUGGCCAGCACCCUGGUUACUACCAAGGCUAUCAGAUGAGCCAUCCUGCGCAGAUGCCACCACUAAGCCAAGUUAACACCCAGCAACAGAUGGGUGGAACAGGCCCAGGUUUCAUGCUCCAUGGUCAAACCCAGUCCCAUUCUCUUCCACCCCAGGCUAUGUAUCAAAAUGGCCAGGGUUACUAUAGCCCAGAGCACCAGUACAGAGGUUAUCCUCCUAGCGCACAAACCUAUGCCUCAGGAGAUCAGAGACAAAUGGGCCAGACACCACCCUUUAGAUUGCAUGGUGAAGGUAUUGGAGGAGAAAUGCGAGGCCCAGGUUCUGAUGGCAGAGGUCCAGGCAGUCUCCGAUCUAGUGCCCAAUCAUCACCAAGCAGACAACCUUUACAACGACAGCAGAAAUCUCCUAGUCCUACCAGACAGACAUCAGUCUCUCAUGCCCCAGUGGCUGCUCCCCCACCAGAUGACAUGGAACCUCAAAAUGUUUCAUUUAUUGAAUCUGAAGACCACCCACAAGAGGAUCCUAGUGAAAGAUUUAAGAGAUUAUCAAUAACAUCAGGUAGUAAGACUUAUCGCAUCAGCCAUGAACCAGGGUCACCAACAAGGCCUAGUUUAGGAGUCAAGACUUUCAGAGUCCCAACAAAGAAAGGUACCCCUGUCUAUGACGAUGUUGACCUACCCCAACCUACCCCCCCUCAACGUUCCAUUACACCACCCUAUCAAGACACCUAUAGGCAUGGAGAGGAGGAGGAGGAACUUUAUUCUAUCAAAACUGAACCACUAGAUGGACCUAAACCAGAGAAAGGAUUCUAUAUAUCCUUUGAUAGUGACAGUGCCCCAAGAAAACCUAAGCCACAGUUAAGAACAAAGAAGAUGUCCCGAAAAAAUUCCAGUCCUUCAACACCAGCUUCUACCCCAAGCAGAGAAGAGCUUCCAGUUGUUCCAGACCGACCAAGUCGGACCACCAAUGGUUCGUUUGGCAGCAUGAGCCAAAACCCAAGCAUGGCCCCACAGUCCCCCUCCCCAAGUAGCUAUCCAGCAACAUCAACGAUUGGCAGCCUUUCACCCCAAACCAAUGGUCUCUUCCAUAAUUCACCUUUGGGGAUUGAGCAGGAGAACCUGCAUGAGUCUCAUACUCAGCUACCUCAUGAAGAUUAUGGCAGUAAGAAACAACUAAAAGAAUCCACUGCUGGCAUGGCAUUAGUUAUUGGAGAUGACAUAGCUAAUAAUGAAAGUUCAUCUGUGUCUGAGAUGGAGAAGAAGAAGGAACGGCUGAUGAUGCUGUCAAUGAAGCGCAAACAGGAACCCCGACGAGAAGUAAUACUUGAAAGAUACAAGAUUAAAAAGGCUAUGGAGGAGGCAGAGAAAGAGGGUCGCUAUUAUGAACCCCCUCCCGGCUUCAACUUAGACCCACCAAGUUCAGCUCCAGGCAAGCAGUCUGUGCGUAUGAGAAAUAAGCCAGCAGGGAGCAAACCCCGACCCAAGACCAUGGCUCAUGCGCCCUCGGCUUCAGACAGUGCAGAUGGAGUUCUUUCACCUAGCCAAGGAAAGAGAGGAAGCACCCAUAACAUAGCUGGGGAAGUUGGGAGGAGAGGCGAGAGCAGCGGCCAUGGCAGCAUGAGAAAGAGCAGCGGGCGUUGGGGGUCAUCACACUCCCUCUCACGUGCAGCUGGGUCUCGUGGCUCUUCCAACAGUUUAGCUGGAGACUAUCCCAGCACGACCCGCACUCUGGAACGAGGCCACACAGGCAGACGUCCCACCUCAGUUAUUGGUUACUCCUCAAUCGCCCGUGGGGGAGAAUCCAGGAAAGAUUCACUUUAUGGGUCACAAGGAAAUGGCCUUAAUUACCAUGAAGGAUACCAUGUACACGAGGCACGUCGACCAAGUCUGGCUCUGGAAGGUUCUAGAAUGAGGCGUGGCUCAGCCUCAAGCAGCUAUGGGGGACCCUCUUCGGGAUACAGAAAAUAUCGAUCCACAGGCAAUCUGAGUGGUCAGAGUGAGCAUGACAGCUUGGUAUAUCACAUGAGUGAAGACAGUGGUCUUGGCCGCGCGACUCCACCGCGGCGUGCCCCCUCUCCGGGAAUGGCACGACACUUACCAUCCCCUUCAGGCCCAGGAUCCUUACCUCCAGGCCUUUUCUCCAAGAGGAAGCAGGCUGGAUUUGAUGAUGCUGCAAGUGAUAUAUCAUCGACUGCAAGUUCUACAGCAGACUACUUGGGUCCAAGGUUAUUUAAGCAGCCAACUGCAAAAUCCAACAGAACAAUCAUACUCAAUGCUGUUGAGUACUGUGUUUUCCCGGGUGCAGUCAAUCAAACGGCCAAACACCGUGUCUUGGAAGAAAUAGCACGAUCUGAGUCCAAACACUUCCUUGUCUUAUUUAGAGAUGCUGGUUGCCAGUUCCGAGCCAUUUAUUCCUUUAAUCCUGAAACUGAAGAAGUCUAUAAGCUGUAUGGAACAGGCCCAAAGCAAGUUACUGAUAGAAUGUUUGACAAGUUCUUCAAAUAUAACUCAGGUGGAAAAUGCUUUUCUCAAAUCCACACAAAGCACUUAACAGUUACUAUUGAUGCGUUUACUAUUCACAAUUCUCUCUGGCAGGGCAAGAGGGUCAACUUGCCAUCCAAAAAGGACAUGACACUUGUAAUCUAAGUUUCUUAAUAAACCGGCUUCUCGUAUAGAAAGACCUACAAACAAUAUAUUUUGGUACUCAUACAUGUGCUGUGAGAAUACUUAUGUGUGUGUGUACUGUUCCGAAGAUAAAUAUGUCAGUGCUUUUAUACAGUUAUGUAAUUCAGAGGGUCAGAUGAUGGUUCUUGCAUUGCCUCUUUUUAUGAUUGUUUGAUGAAAGA